GAGUUAUGGUUGUAUCGUCUUAAUGCUAAGCCUUGACUAAUACUUGAUCCUUUCGGAGAGUUUAGUCAAGCAGCCAGGGACAGCUAAUGGUUUGUGCCUUGGAUAAUGAGAGGAAGGUCCAGCCGACAACACGUUACUAGGGACAGAGGACGUGUGCUACGAGUAUUGACUUGCUAUGACCGUCUCGCAUAUCGCUGAAUGCAGUGCCUUAUCACUCUUUAACACUGUCAGGAGUUUUCAUACUGCUGUGAUGCUUCAGCAUGGUUUGACCAUUGACGCCAACAGUUUGGUAACUCCAAGAAUCAGUGCAUGAAGUGUGUGGAUUAUUGUGUGGUAUUCUGAUUACUGUGGAAUGAGGGAUGCUAGGAUGGAUGCAGUUGGGUGAAGGAAGCUGGAGAUUGUGUUUUGAUAUGCUGUGUCUUAGAUUCACCUGUUUGUGUGGCUGAGAAAUGUCUGUGGCUAUGGGAUCCGAGGAGAAGCACAAAAUGAAGAGGGUCAGAAAGACCUUUUCCCUGUCCAACAUGCAAAAGAGUGGGAGGGCCGCGCUGGCGAGGAGUCGGAGUAUCGACCACCAGAUUGAUGAGGAGAGGGAGCGGAGGCAGAAGGAGGUGCAGCUUCUCAUCCUGGGUGGGGCAGGGUCAGGGAAGAGCACGUUCAUCAAGCAGCUUCGACUCCACUACGGCGACGGCUUCCCGGAGAGUGACAGAGGUCAGUUCGUGUCUAGCAUCCUCCAGAACUGCUGCAACGCCCUCAACGUCAUCCUUGACAUGAUGAAUGAGAUGAACGUGGUCUUUGAGAAAGAGGACACCAAGAGAACCUCGGCUGAUUUUCGGAAGAAAUAUCCACGGAUAUCCCUGCAGGUGAUACUGAAGAAGUUUACCGAGGAUCAGGAAGAUGCAGCCAAUGAGGAGUCAGCCACGCUCAGAUCUCACAUCGAGAUCACAAAGAGGCUGUCCACGUUGAACAUCCUGAACCCCGAUAAGCCCGAUGUCAGUCUCCUGCAGGCCGUGUGGAGUGAUGGUGGUGUACAGUGCUGUUAUGCUCAGCGGAAAAAGUUCUCCGACAGCCUCUCAAAUGGGGAAGAAUAUUUUCUGGAAAAUAUGGACAGAAUAUGUCGAAAGAACUUUAUCCCCAACAUACAGGACAUCAUGUAUAUCCGGAACCCAACUCUUGGUGUGCAGGAGCAUGUUUUCAGCAUAGACAACUUAACCUACAGGGUGAUAGAUGUGGCUGGACAGAAGAGUCUACGUAAGAAAUGGAUACACUUCUUUGAGGGUGUGACUGCGGUUAUUUUCUUUGCCUCCCUUAGCGGGUAUGAUGAGGUCCUUGAGGAAGACACCAGCAUUAACAAUCUCCAGGACAGCCUCCAGGCCUUCCAUGAGGUGUCCCACAACCACUUCCUGGAGAAGACUGACUUCAUCCUGUUCCUCAACAAACGAGACCUGUUCAUGGAGAAAGUCCGCAAGACCAGCAUCAGGAAGUGUUUCCCCACGUUUGAUGGUGAUAACCAGCCAGAUACCUGCCUCAAGUACAUCAGGGAGCAGUUCCUGCAGCACAAGCCCGGACAUAAACAAGUCUACAUCCACGUCUCCUGUGCCAUUGAUGUCCAGAUGAUGAAGGACAUCCUCUCCAACGUCGUAGACAUCAUCGUUGAGCUCAACCUCCGCAAAGCUGGCAACUUUUGAUUGACGGAGGGGUUGUCUGUCAUUGUCUCAAUGGAUACUACAUCAUUAGAGAUAAAAUGAGAUUGUUAUGAGGAGAUGUGGAUUCUAAUUUCACCAUCACAAAAGAAGGCAGAGGUUUAUUCCAAUAUAAAAUGGUUUCUGUUAAUUUAAGUCAGUCAGUAGGACAUUUUUCUUAAUUUUAUGGUUCUCAUCAAAAACUAAACCCACUUGUUCAACACCUUUAAUAUCCUAACCCAUUCUAGCUUUUAGAUGUCAACCAUUUGUAAUAUCAAAUUUGAGACAGUUCCUCCCUGACUCCCUCGUGUCAGUAAGUAUUGUUUAAAAGGAAAGAAAUAUGAAGUGUUCACUGCAAAACCUAGAUGGCGCAAUUCACCCUUGUGACACUUAAAUAUUGUUAGUAUGUUUCACAUGUUAUUGUUAGCCCUGCCAUGGUGCAAUUUUGUUGUUUAAAAUCCUACACGAAAGUCAGAAACAGAGAAAGGUGAAACACUUCACUGGAAUUAAUCAGAUGUUUCUAAGCAGAGAUUAUUUCAUUAUCCAAGGAAGUUUUAGCUAAAGGUUCUCUUCCAUUGGAUAACAUUUAAAAGCGUUUUUUUGUGGCAAGGUGUGAAACCUUGGUGAUGAGCAUUUGAGCAAGGAAGGCCAUGGGCCUCAAGAAUGGAUGCUAAAUGGGCUGGAGCUGUCAUUUAUGAAUGACAUUGUAAUGAAUAGCUGAGGAGAACGACACAACAUGGUUUAGAAGUAAUGUGAACAUGAUUUCAAACUGGCAUUCACAUUUUGAAAAUGACAGGUUAUUAUGGUGUGAUGAAAAAUGUGAAUUGGUACAGGUAGCAUCAUGAACUGAAGAAGAAUAUGGUUUGGAAAUGAUCAUACGAAUGGACAUUGGUACCAUGAAAUGUGAAAUUUUCAUGGGUCAGUGUUAAAGUGACAUGAUGGUCUUCAACUGAUGUGAAAUUGGCUUAGAAACGGUUUCAAACAUGAAACACAUAUUGAUUCCACCUUGAAUGAAAUAUGAACAAGAAGUACCAUGACAUAUGCUUCAGAGGUGGCAUAGUUCUUGGUUCGGGACUGAUAUGAAGAAUGGUGUUGAAGAACCAUGAGCCCUGUUCUUGAACAGACACAAAUCAUGGAUUUGGAAUGAACGGAAUUGGAAUUAUCUAUGAAGGAAUAUCAGUGUGAUAUGAUGCAUGUUUGACCUGAAUUUUGGUCAGAAAUUGCAAGAGGAAUGGUUUUGGACUGACAGAAACUGACUUUACAGAAGGUUAACAAGAACACCGACUGCAAUUGUAGUUUGAUGUGAAGGUUAUGAUGGUGUGAAAUUUUGAAUUGCAGUAUCAUGAAUCAUGAGGAUUGGCAUGAAUCAUGAUUAACUGGAUCUUGGAACUGAAGUACAGUUUUUUUUAACUUGAUUGAAGAAUGGAUUGAAUAUGUUACACCAUGAGCCAAUGUUUAUAAACCAACAUUGAUCAUGGUCAAGAGAUGAUGGCAAUAUGGAUUUGCAGAAACUUGAACCAUUCUUAUGGCUCCAAAGAUGUCUGGAGUCAGGGAAAUGGUUGUAUUGUGUGAAACAUAGACAGGUUGAUGGAUAUAGUGUUCAGGAGGAUGUGAAGAAGAAAACAACCACAAAUUUAUUGAUGUCCUCAUCUUUCUUGCUCUGAUAAGAUGACAAAGGACAUGAUUAGAUGUCUCAUCUUAUGUGUAAGCUAACCACAGGAGCAAGCAGGUGAUUGACCAACUGGACAUCAUGACUUCAAACCAAUGCCCAUUGCGACUGAGGAGAAAGUUAUUGGCUGAUGUCUGUCUUUAUGAAAUCCAACCAAAGUCAUGGGAUACGGUGAAAGAUGAAUGUCACAGUGAACGAAAAAGGAAGUUAUCACACAUGUGACCUGGGUUGAAGGUCUUUUUGCUGAUAAAGGAAGGGAUCACACAUGUGACAUAGGUAAAAGGUUUUUCUGCUGAUAUAGGAUUGGAUCACACAUGUAACACAGGUGGAAGGUCUAUGUGCUGUGACAAAGGAAGGGAUCACACAUGUGACACAGAGGGAAGGUAUUUGUGCUGAACAGGAAGAGAUCACACAUGUGACACAAGUGGAAGGUCUAUGUGCUGAUUAAGGAAGGGAUCACACAUGUGCGUUAGGUGGACGGUCUGUGUGUUGAUAAAGGAAGGGAUCACACAUGUGACACAGGUGGAUGGCCUAUGUAUUGAUAAAGGAAGUUAUCACACAUGUGAGUCAGGUGGAAGGUCUAUGUGCUGAUAUAGGAAGUUAUCACACAUGUGAGUCAGGUGGAAGGUCUAUGUGCUGAUAUAGGAAGGGAUCACACAUGUGACACAUGUAGAAGGUCUAUGAUUAGGAUUACCCUGCUGUAGUAACUACAUGAUUAGAAAGUCCAAAGAUGAAGCUGGUUCUCAUGCCUACUAGGAUAUGGUCAAAUGAAGAAUGUCCAAAAUUGUCAUCAAGGGCAUAAGCUGAAGCCGUAUGGGCAUCUCAGAAAGAUGCAAACGGUGAACAGGUGUGGUGAUGUUUCUGAUAAAAUAUAGCACACCUUCAUCCAGGAGGGACCUAAAAAGACUGUCAGGUAUAAAGCUUAUGCUUGUUAUGGGCAUCCAAGGCCACCCAAUCUUAGCAUCCUCUUGAAGGAUGCAGUUCUCUACACACAGAAUGCAUGAUUGAUAACACCAGGGCAGUAGGCUCCAGUUUCUAAAAGCAUCUGGACACCUAGAACAGGACACCAACUUGAGUAAUUCUCAUGACAUUUGAAGGGAAUGAGACUUUGGUUCUGUAUUGGCACCAUGAAUAUCAGAACUUGAGAUUCUUAAAGACCAAUAAUAGAGAUAAGUUCUUGUUAGUGAAUGGAAUCUUUUCCCAGACUAAAGUAAUUUUAUGUUUCAUUGUCUGAUCUGAUUUGCUUUUUGGCUGCAUAAAAUCUGCAUUUAUAUGUGAAUGAAAUCUGCAAAUUCUGAUACUUUCAUGAGAUUUGCUGAGAACAAAACUACCUUUUGCCCAGAUUUAAUCACAGUCCUAUCCCAUGAAUAUAGUUUCUGACUUGGUCAAAAUAUUGUUUUUAAAUUUCUUAUCUCCUGCAUGUGAAUGUGGAGCGAACCCAUAGAAUAUAUUUUAAUGCAACCGUGUCACUUCCCAUGGAGUUUUUGUAUGUACUUGUAUGUCAUAAUGCUGAUUGUUUCACAUUGUUCAUGUUAAACAAUUUAUGGUCAUUGUUUGUGUGAAAUGUUUUAAAUACAUUAGUAUUUGCAUGAACACUGCUUGUCAGGUCGAGAUAAACAUAGUGUGAAGUUAUGACCUGACCACGAUUCUCAAGGCUGUAGCUAACAUGGGGGACUAUCCUUAUUUUAUCGGAAUGUCGCCAUGACCAAUUCCUUAUCAUUCUGUAAUCGAGUAACCUCCUUUACGAUGACAACAUGGUAGGCUACAGCUCUGAUUAUGCUUGACAUUUUACCACAAAAUUUGGUGAAAAAAUACAAAUGAAGUGAAAUGACAAAAAUCUUAUUUAUGUAAAUAAGGAUUCUAUCAAAACACCAAGCCAACUUAUUUGUUGCUUGUAUAUUUCAGGAUGAAAUGCAGUUCAGUGAAAUGUGUAUGGGGAUUUGAGACUCUGAUGUCAAAAAUUCUAAAGUGUUUGAUUUUGAACUCGAAAAGGAAUUUGGAUAUUUUAUUCUUCAUUGUUUGAUUUCAUCACAUUCAUGUUUUUCAUGAUUUUCAUGACAUAACAGUACCAUGUUCUUAUAGUCAGCACUUUAGCACUCUCACUUACCACCACUACACAAAAAUAGCCAUGUUGCACAAGAAAUCAUGAAGCACCAACAUGAUAUCUACAAGCAUAGGAAGGAUUCUAACAAGGGAUCCUUUUGGGAUUGUGCUCAACCAGUUUUGGUUUUCUUCUUCUCUAUUUAAUUCAGUUCCUUUUGGUUUGGCUACUCGGUUUUUGUCUGGAGGCAAUCAAGUUCAGUUUCAACUUUGACCUCCUCAUAAUUCACUAGGUAAGCAAUGAUUCUUGACCUGUCUCUGGACACUGACCGACACAGAUGCAGUGAAUCAAACAGGUAAGAUGUAAGCAUCCUAACGAAGAUGGUCAGAUUUGUACACAUAACCAUGGACCUCGUAAAAGACUUAUUGAUAGGCUAACGAAUUUGACCAUUUUCAGAGGACUUGCUUUUGAAGGAAAGUUAAGAAGCAGAUAGAUGGAGGAGAAGAUUGAUAGGGUACUGAUCUGACAAUAGCUUGAUUGUUCUUACUUAAUAAGACAUAUUUCCCCAGAGCUGGUUGUCUAGCACAUGACCAUUAUCCUAUGCGAUAUCGUACCACUAAGGUAGACACACAUAGACAUGCACAUGACACAUUGUACUUACAAUGAUGAAUUUACUGACUGAUAUCAAUGACAAGGCUAUGGACAUAUGGACAGGUAUUACAAUUUUUGUCCAUCAACCUAGUUGAAGUAGGACGCAGAAUGAAACAUGACGAAAUGAUAUGUAUUUGUUUUGUACCUCUGAUUUAGAGGAAAAGAACUUCACAUCUCUCUCUUGCAUUGAUGCUAUGUAUGAAAUGUUUUUUGCUUGGUUGAAAACUUGAAAAACAAAAAAAAAUGUCCUGUACCUACAUUGUCUAUUUAUGAUGAUAUAUGUCUUUUUCUGAUGAAAUGAUGUGUAUAUUUAUGAUCUGUGUAUUCCUGGAUGAUGAAAUGAAUCUCACAAGGGAUUUUGGUGAGAACAAUGUCAUGGUGUAUUUGUGUACACCCAUAUGAACAUUGACAUUGAUGACCUCAGAACCAGGAGGUCACGAUGUAGAAGUGUGUGGUACUGUGAGAUGAUGGACAUUGAUACCCAACCUGGGAAAUACUUGUCAUCUUCAGCAGCUCUGGAAGGGAUAUCAGAUGAUAUCCACCUUGUGUUUUUCUUGAAACGUUGUACCAAUUGCAGUGAAAGAAGUCUUGUCACUGCACUGGUACCCAACUGUUGGACUUAUUCAACACAGACUCACACAACAAAUAAUUUGAUAUAUGACAAUGUAUCUUGUUUGAAGCUUUGAAGAAUCAUAAGAAAAUAUUGAAAAAAACAAAAACAUAUCUGUUGUUGGUGUUUUGGUGAACGUUUGUGAAAUAUUUUGUAUGACCUGUGUUGUAUACACACUUUGCUUGAAAUCUGAUGCUUGUGAUUUAGGAAUGUCUUUUGAAAUGUAUUUAUGAAAUAUGUAUUUGUUAUAUUCUUCUUGUUCUUUGACAAUGUCAUAAUUGUAUACAUCAAUACAUAUGAAAUGUAUACUUGUCAUGACAAUAUGAAUUUCAGAUUUUACACAAUGUUAACAUGUUUAAAUAAUGUAUGUUUUCACAUAACUUUGCACUUAUUUUUCUGGACUUCAUGCAGUGUUCAUGCAUUUACAAUAUGUUUCUUGUUAAAUUUCUUUAGUGUUUACGCAAUGUUCAUGUUUAUAGAGUAUAUUUGUUGUGUGUACAUUGUUCAUGAUCAUAUACAUUCUGUAUGAUGAUUAUUAACAUUAUUAGUGUGUACACCAUAAUAGAUUAUUACAAUGUGUCUUAUUGGACACAGUAUUCCUGUUUAUAACUUCUGUACUGUGUUCCACAGUAUAAACCUCUACUUUACAAACAUUGGUUUGUAGGAUGACCCUGUUUCUCUUAAAACUGCUCAUGUCUAGAUUCUACAACUGGCUAACUGGCUAACUGACAGUCUCAACAACCGUUAUGAUGGGUUUUAAUUGGAUUAAAGCAAUAAUGAGUAGACAAGCAUGAAAUAUUAAUUACACCAAGGAGAUAACAAAGGCAAUAUAUAUUUUUAAUGGACUCUGAUCUGACACUUUUCAAAAAGAAUUUUUCAUAUAAUUUCACAAGGACAUAUGAUUUUGGUCUCAAUGAAAAUCAAAAUAUAGUUCAUUUUAUAACAAUGUAACAUAAAUAAAAUGUCUAAUAACUA